AUGCCGACAUCGCGAGAGAGUAACUCCAUCAUCAGUUCCGACAUGGUCGCUCGUUCAGCGAAGUCAAAGGACGAAGAACCCAAACCAGCAAGUCUCGGAAGCUAUGCGAGAAUUCUAUCAUAUGGUGCCGCUCAUGGGGGCAUUUAUAUUAUGAUCCUAGGGCUAGUUUGUGCCAUGGCCUCAGGAGUUGCUCUUCCCUUGAUGAACAUUGUCUUUGGCCAACUGGUGGGAACCUUCAAUUCGUACUUUGUGCCGGGAUCGGGUAUUACAGAGCAAGCAUUCAAGUCCUCAGUCAACCAAGAUAGCUUGUACAUUGUGUAUUUGUUCAUCGGGAAGUUCUGUCUCACAUACACGUCCAUGCUUUGUUUUCGAUUGAUCAGCCUCCGAGCCUCAGGGGCUUUGCGUCUAGAGUAUACCCAAGCUCUCUUUUCUCUUCCAGUGAGCAAGCUGGACGAGAUGUCAGUCGGAACUGUCACACAUGCGAUUACAGCGCUGUCAAAUACGAUCCAGCAAAGUGUUUCUGAUCGACUCGCCAUUCUGUUCCAGUCGCUUGCCUUGCUCAUCGCAGCUUAUGCAAUUGCCUUCCGUUAUUCCUGGGCACUAACGCUCGUCGUCAGUGCGGCAAUUUUAUUUGUGAUCCUUGGAUUUAGCCUGACAAUGCCCUUUUUGGUAAAGGCACAGCAGGGUGUGGACCAGGCAGAUGAGAAGCAUGCUGCUCUCGCUUCAGAAGUAUUUGGUUCUAUUCGGACAGUGCUCGCCCUGGGUGCUGAGCAACCACUCUUCAAAAAGUAUACACGGUGGGUCGAGGAAUCACGAAAACGUGGCCUGGGUAUGUCUUUGGUCAGUGGACUUCACCUUGGAAUGCUCUUCUUUGCCAUGUAUGUCAGCUUCUCUCUUGCCUUCUGGUUUGGAUUGAAGCUGUAUCGCGAAGGCCACAUUGCCAAUAUUAACACCGUGAUCACGGUAUUCUUUUCCGUGCUCCUGGUGGUCACUAUCUUGGGAGGCAUUGCGGGGCCAUUGAUGGCUAUCACGAAGGCCAUAGGUGCAUCAGGUGCAUUUUUCGGUGUCAUCGAUUCAAAGCGGGAGAGUGUGCCUGGAAUUCGAGAUUCGGAGUUAUCCCAUGCUGAUAUAGUGUUUCAAAACGUGAUGUUUGCCUAUCCCACACGAAAAGAGAUGACCGUGCUCAAGGGAUUCAAUGCACGAUUUGAACGAAAUAAAACCACCGCCCUGGUUGGAUCCUCCGGUUCGGGGAAAAGCACUAUUGUAGCUUUGAUCGAGCGAUGGUAUCAACUUCAGUCCGAAGAAGCAGACGGACAAUCGUCUACACCGGGUCAAAUCUGCGUGGGAGCUCACAACAUCAAUGACUUGGACGUGAAGUGGUGGCGAUCCCAGAUUGGACUUGUUCAGCAAGAGCCGUUCUUGUUUAAUGACACAAUAUACAAUAACGUUGCAUUUGGUUUGAUCGGAUCACAGUGGGAGGAUGAUACAGAUUCCAUGAAGAUGGAGCUCAUCACCGAAGCCUGCAAGCAAGCCUUUGCAGAUGAAUUUAUCGACCGUCUUCCCAUGGGUUACUCAACUAUUGUCGGGGAAGGUGGAAUCGCAUUGAGUGGAGGACAGCGCCAAAGAAUUGCCAUCGCGCGAAGCAUCGUCAACCAACCCCAGAUUCUCGUUCUUGAUGAAGCAACCAGCUCGAUAGAUGUUCAAGGAGAAAAGAUUGUGCAAGCAGCUCUCGAUCGCGUGUCCAAGGAUCGCACUACAAUUAUGAUCGCUCAUCGCUUGUCCACUGUCCGCCGCGCGGACAAGAUCAUCGUCAUGAAAGACGGCAAAGAUAUUGAAGAAGGUUCUCACGAAGAGUUACUACUCAAAGAAGGAGUAUAUCAUAGCUUGGUUCAUGCGCAACAACUGGAGCCACUGACAGAUAUGAUGGAAGCCGAUGUUCCGGGUUCAAUUUCUCCGCAGAAAGAAGCAGCCAUGCCUGAAGAUUACACCAACAAAGAAGGGAGCGAUCAAGAUUGCCAGGAUACACCCGAGCCUGAAAAGAACUUUGGCUUUUUUCAUAGCUUCGGGGUGCUCAUUUAUGAAAAUCGUAGCCAUUGGAUGCUAUAUGCACUGACGCUGAUCGGGGCUGUAGGGGCAGGCUCCGGAUUUUCCCUACAAAGUUGGCUGUUUGCCAAACUUGUAGAGGUUUUCCAGUUCACUGGCCAGAAGCUUGUGGAUGCUGCAAACUUCUGGGCAUUGAUGUUUUUCAUCCUCGCCCUUGCCAUGGCUGCUUUCUAUUUUAUGCUAGGAUUUGCGUCAAAUUCAAUAUCACAGUUUGUCGUCUCCGCUGCUCGGAUGGAUUAUUUCUACAACCUCUUAUCCAAACCCGUGUCGUACUAUGAUGGCGAGAAUAAUUCCUCGGGUAGUCUGGUGUCCAGACUCUCCACUGAUUCAAAACAGUUGCAGGAGAUGUUUGGUCCUACUGGUGUUUUUCCUCUCAUCUCGAUCUUCAACAUAGUGGGAUGCGUCGCAAUCUCCUUCGCCUUCGGAUGGAAACUGGCGGCUGUCACAUUUUUUGCCGCUAUGCCAUUCAUAUUCCUAUCUGCCUUUAUGCGUAUUCGAUACGAGAUCAAAUUCGAGGCCUUAAAUGCGGCAGUCUAUGCCGAUAGCUCCAAGUUUGCAACCGAGGCAGUCGGGGCCUUCCGAACGGUCACUGCUUUGACUAUGGAAGACUCAAUUUUGAAAAGAUAUUCAACCCUGCUGAAGGAUCAGCGUCAAAAGGCUAUCCGGAAGGCAUGGUACGCAACGUUGAUAUUUGCGUUUUCCGACAGUGUUGAACUAUGCGCCAUGGCGCUUGCCUUCUGGUACGGCGGCCAGCUCCUCGCAUCCCACGAAUAUGAUCCAGUUGUAUUUUUCGUGGUCUACGUUGCCAUUAUUCAAGGCGGACAAUCUGCUGGCCAGUUCUUCAGUUUUGGUCCAAAUAUUGCACAGGCUAAGGCAUCUGCCAAUCGCAUAUUGGCUGCGCGACUACCUGCCACGGGACAGAUUCAGCAUGUCCCGACGGGGCCGCUCUCUUCGGGGGAUACCUCAAGUUCCUCGGUUGAACUCAAAAAUGUCUCUUUCCAGUAUUCUUCUCGCGAGGUACCAACGUUCGUUAAUCUAAAUCUCUCUAUCGAGAGUGGUCAAUUCGUAGCAUUUGUCGGGCCUUCAGGCUGUGGAAAAUCCACGCUUGUCUCGCUACUCGAGCGCUUCUAUGACUGCACUCAGGGAACAAUCCUAUUUGGUGGUCGAGACAUUCGUUCCAUUGAAAUGUCCUCUUACAGAAGUGCCUUGUCGCUCGUCUCCCAGGAGCCGAAACUCUUCGAAGGAACCAUACGUGAGAAUCUCCUUCUUGGUCUGGAAGCCCCUAAUAACCCUACUACCGAGGAUCAAAUGAUUCAAGCAUGCAAGGACGCCGAGAUUUACGACUUCAUAGUGUCGCUACCAGAUGGCUUCUUGACAGAACUUGGCGUCAACGCUCAGACCUCGAUGAGUGGUGGGCAAAAACAGCGUAUUUGCAUUGCGCGGGCCCUAAUCCGAAAACCGCAACUUCUCCUUCUUGAUGAGGCUACAUCCAGUUUGGACUCUCAGUCAGAAAGUCUUGUACAAGGGGCUAUGGAGAGACUGGCCAGCAAGCGAGACAUGACUAUUAUUGCUGUUGCGCACAGACUAGCAACGAUUCAAAAAGCGGAUGCAAUUUUUGUUUUUGGAGAAGGGGCGGCAGGGCAGGGAUCGAGGAUUAUUGAAUAUGGGACACAUCAUGAGUUGUUGCGCAGAAAGGGGGCUUAUUGGUUGAUGUGUCAAGCGCAAGCUCUAGACCGGUGA